AUGCCAAAUACUAAAUCAAAGCUUUCUAUAGCUAUACAGCAAGCAGAACACAAUAACCACCAAAAUAAUAAUGAUAUUGAUCGAAAAUUAUCAACAGAUUCAACUAAUUCAAAUAGUUCAUCCAAUUUUAUAGAUAAUUUCAAACCAUCACCACAGUUAUUACCAAAUUUAAUUCAACAUAGUGUUCCUUAUGUAAGUACUACACCUUCAUCUUCCAAACCAUUCAAACCUGAGUUAUCCCCUUUAAAAACAGAUUUUGAAGAAGACGAGGAAAAAGAAGCGCAAGAUAAACAAGAAGAUAUUAGUUCUGAGUCAGAUUCUGAUCUUAAUCCAGCUGAUGAAGAAGAUCUUAAAGAUUAUGUUCCUGGUGGGUAUCAUCCUUGUUAUAUUGGAGAAGAGUAUAAGAAUGGUAAAUAUACAUUAGUUCGUAAACUUGGAUGGGGACAUUUUUCAACUGUUUGGUUAGCAAAAAAUAAUGAUAAUCAUUGUCAUGUUGCUAUAAAAGUAGUUAGAUCAGCUAAACAUUAUACAGAAACAGCAAUUGAUGAAAUUAAAUUAUUAGAUAUGGUGACUACUUCAGAUAUACAUCAUCCAGGUCAUCAACAUGUAAUUCAAUUAUUAGAUACUUUUACACAUAAAGGUCCUAAUGGAGUUCAUGUAGUCAUGGUAUUUGAAGUCCUUGGUGAGAAUCUAUUAGGCUUAAUUAGGAAAUAUAAACAUCGAGGAAUUCCAAUUGUAUUUGUUAAACAAAUUGCAAAACAAUUAUUAUCUGCUUUGGAUUUUUUACAUAGAAAAUGUGGAGUUAUACAUACUGAUUUAAAACCAGAAAAUAUUUUAAUUGAAAUUGGAGAUGUUGAAACUAUUGUUAAAUUAGUAGAACAAGAAAAUAAAGCAAAACAAUUAAAGAAAAAGAAAAUAAAGGCAACUCCAUCAUCAUCUUAUUCAACUCAAAAUUCUGCGAAUCCAAGUUUAGGCCGAUCUGGAAGAAGAUCUAGAAGAACUACUUUAAUUACUGGAUCACAACCAUUACCUUCUCCAUUAAGAACUUUUAAUAAAUCAUUUACAAAUGUACAUGGUCUUGCAAAUACUGUUUCAAAUACUCCAAUGAUAAUAAAUACAACCACAGAAACAAACAAUAAAGAUGAAGAUAUAAAUAAUUCAUUUUCUUCAAUGUCUAUAACUAAUUCACAUUCAAAUUCAAAUUCAUAUCAAACAAAAAUAGAUCCUGUAAAAAUACCGAAUCAAGACAUAUUAAAUGAAAGUUCCAAAGUUGAUGUUAUAAUAAAUGAAGAUGAAUUAAUCUCAGUCAAGAUUGCAGAUUUAGGGAAUGCAUGUUGGUGUAAUCAUCAUUUCACAGAUGAAAUACAAACAAGACAAUACAGAAGUCCUGAAAUUUUAUUAGGUUAUCAUUGGGGAUGUUCCAGUGACUUAUGGUCCUUUAGUUGUCUCAUUUUUGAAUUACUCACUGGAGAUUAUUUAUUUGAUCCAAGAGAUGGGAAAACUUAUAAUAAAGAUGAUGAUCACAUUGCUCAAAUUAUUGAAUUAAUUGGUCAAUUUCCAAGAUCAAUGUUAAAGGAGUCUUAUCACACUCGAGACUUUUUCAACUCUAGAAAUGAAUUAAGAAGGAUUAUGAAAUUAAAACCAUGGGGUUUAAAAGAUGUACUCCAUGAAAAAUAUAAAUUUUCAAUUUCGGAUUCUAUUGAAAUUGCUGAUUUUUUGUUACCUAUGUUGAAUUUACAACCUGAAGAAAGAGCUGAUGCUGGUGGGAUGUUAAAUCAUCCUUGGUUGAGAGAUGCUUUGGGGUUGGAAAAUGUUGUUUUGGAAAGACCUGUUGGUGGGAGUGGUGAAGAUAUACCUGGUUGGUCUAGGGAAUUGAAUCUGAAGAAUUAUUUUGGAACAAUGUAA